GUAGGCUACAAAGCAGCAUUUUCUACAUUUAAAUAAACACAUUCACGUUAACACAUAGAUAUCUGUACAAAUUGUACAUAUCUGUCAGAGUUUUAAAGAGGCGCAAUGAAGAAGGCGGUGCUAUUUCUGGCUGUGGCUCUCACUGUUUCUGUAGACUGCACCUUGAAGGAGUUCUUUCAAACUGGGCUCUUGCUAAACUGGACAGAAUCAGUGGAGGCAUGCAGACAGAACGUCACUGAACUGGUCACCAUGCAAAGUGAAGAGGAAUACCAGGAGUUUUGGUCAUACAUUAAUCUUUAUGAAGGGUUGUACUGGAUUGGUCUCCAAUUCAACAGUAUCAAUAGCAAUAAUACUUGGGAAUGGGUUAAUGGAAACCCCACUACGUACAGCCACUGGGAUGUCCCUCCUACUGGUGCGGGAUGUGGAGCAUUUAACUCUUCGAGUGGUGGUUGGUUUAUAGAUAAUUGCUCAUCCAAAUUGAUGAGUGUUUGUCAAGCCCCGUACCCAGUAACAGGUUUAACUGCAGUCUCUAUGGAAAACACUGUUUCUCUGAGCUGGAGCAGUCCUUCCCAGCUGUAUGACGUCCCACACUUCUUUAUCAUAACCUACUCCAACUCCAAUUCCGACGAUGAAGGCUCAAUCAAUACAACCUCCAAUUCCAUUGUCUUCUCUAACCUGAGCCCAGGAAGACAGUACGUCUUCAAAGUCUGUACCACGGAAAACAACACGUUCCCCUGGAGCCAGCCUACCUCAACUUCAGUCUACAUAAACCCACCCCCACCUGGAAAGAUCUUGCUACACACUGUGGAAAAUGACUUGGUAUCCCUGAGCUGGGGCAAUCCUGUCGGUAUGGAUGAGAUACCACACAGCUUUAACGUCUCCUAUUCCUGCUCCUUAUUGGGACACUACGGCUGGACCACAACACCCUACAAUUCCACCACCCUCUCUAACAUGAAAAUGGAUUGCAAGUACGUCUUCAAUGUCACCACCAUGCAGGACAACGGGGGCAAGAGCACACCUGCUUCAAUAUCUUUGUACAUAAUACCACCUCCACCUGGAAAGAUAAUAUUAGGCGCUACAGAAAGUAACACGGUUUCCCUGAGCUGGGGCAGUCCUGUGGGUAUGGAUGAUAUCCCACACAGCUUUAUCAUCUCCUACUCCAACUCCUUGGAUCACUACAACUGUACCACAGCACCCUCCAAUUCCACCAACAUCUUUAACAUAAAACUGGAUUGCACGUACACCGUCAAUGUCACCACCGUGCAGGACAUUGGAGGCCAGAGCACACCUACUUCAAUGUCCUUCUACAUAGAACCAUCCCCACCUGGAGAGAUCAGGAUAGACUCUGUAGGAAACGACUCUGUUUCUCUGAGCUGGGGCCGUCCUGUCGGUAUGGAUGGGUUCCAGUACAGCUUCAACAUCACCUACUCCUGCUCCUUCUGGGGUCACAGCGGCUCCACCAGUGCACCCUCCAACUCCACUGUCAUCUCUAAACUGAGACCUGGAAGCGAGUAUGUCUUCAAUAUCACUACUGUACAGGACACAGGGAGCCAGAGCACACCUGCUUCAAUAACUCUCUACACCAAACCAUCUUCACCCGGGGAGAUAAUGAUAGUCUUUGUGGCAAGUGACUCUGUUUCCCUGAGUUGGGGCUAUUCUGUGGGAAUGGAAGAUAUUCUACACAGCUUUAACAUCACAUACUUCAGCUCCUUCUGGGGUCACCACGGCUGGACCACAGCACUGUCCAAUUCCAUCACCAUCUCUAACCUGAGAGCGGGUAGCAAGUACGUCUUCAAUAUCACCACCGUGCAGGACAACGGGGGCCACAGCACACCUGCUUCAAUAUCCCUCUUCACAAAACCGUCUUCACCUGGUGAGAUAAUGAUAAUCUCUGUGGAAAUUGACUCGGUUUCCCUGAGUUGGGGUAAUCCUGUCGAUAUGGAUGAGAUUCCACACAACUUUAACAUCUCCUAUUGCUCCUUCUGGGGUCACCACGGCUGGACCACAGCACUGUCCAAUUCCAUCACCAUCUCUAACCUGAGAGCGGGUAGCGAGUACAUCUUCAAUGUCACCACCGUGCAGGACAACGGGGGCCAGAGCACACCUACUUCAAUGUCCCUCUACCUAGACCCAAGCCCACCUGGAGCGAUCAGUGUAGACUUUGUGGGAAGCGACUCUGUUUCUCUGAGCUGGGGUAGUCCUGUCAGUAUGGAUGGGGUCCAGUACAGCUUCAACAUCACCUAUUCCUGCGUCUUCUGGGGUCACAGUGGUUCCACCAUCACACCCUCCAACUCCAUUGUCAUCUCUACCCUGAACUCUGGAAGCGAGUAUAUCUUCAAUAUCACUACUUUAAAGCCUCAGGACACAUUUUUGUAA